AUGGCGCCAUUGUUUCGGCUCAAGGCACUGUCUGGGGUGCCAAUGACAGUGCCCUGGACAAUGCCUUGCACUGUCUAUGGCACUGUUGUUUCGUUGCCUUGCACUUCUUCUUUUAUUGCUCCAUUUUUUAGCUCUGAGGUACCAUUCCGUGCAACUUUUCUCCAAUUCAUGUCCAAGCAUUCCUACACGAAUUUGAGAAAUGCAAUUUCUUCAACUUGUCCACUUAUAGUUCUGGGCUUUGCUCGAAUCUUUUUCACAUCAACUGUGGAUUAUCAGGUUCACGUUGGUGAAUAUGGUGUGCACUGGAAUUUCUUUUUCACUCUUGCUGCCGUGGCAAUUUUGACAUCGAUGGUUAAUCUUUCGCCAAGUAAUUGUGGAAUUCUGGGCUGGUUUAUUCUAUUAGGAUAUGAGGUCUUCUUGUUGCUUGGGCUAAAUGAAUAUCUUCUUUCAAGCCAAAGAGGACCUGACAUCAUCAGCCAAAACAAAGAAGGAAUUUUUAGCAUUUUUGGUUAUUGGGGGUUAUACCUUGUUUGCGUCCAACUAGGCAGCUAUCUUUUCUUUGGAAAACCUGGAGAUGCUGUGUUGAGAACAAACGACUGGGCAAGGAUUAGAGUCUGGAUUCUUUGUCUUCUACUCUGGUUGUUGACAGUUUUUCUAGACAUGCACGUUGAGAGGGUUUCUCGCAGAAUGUGCAACCUGGCAUAUGUUACUGUAGUAUUGGCUAUGAACCUUCAGGUUUUUGCAGUUUUAACUCUAGCUGAUUAUGUACCUGGAUAUAAAGUUUCUGCGUUGAUAGAAGUUUUUGACCGAAACUUACUGGGCUCUUUUCUUCUGGCUAACGUGCUAACUGGAUUGGUUAACCUGUCCAUUGAUACCCUCUUUGUCUCACCAUUCACUGCACUUGCUAUCUUGGUUGGAUAUGCAUACAUUUUAUCUAUUGCUGCAGCAGUUGCACAUGUUUGUGGUAUUCGAUUGAAGUUUUGGUAGGGGAGCUUAGUCUAGUGUACUCUAAUUUCAUUCAUUCUUUAACCCAUCCUCCAUUACACGACUGUUCUUAAUUGUUAUUCU